GCGAAGAUAGUGUGCAAUGCUAAAGACACGGCACAUACACGAGCAGAGAGGGAGAUCCUGGAGACGGUGAGACACCCGUUCAUCGUGGAUCUGCUCUACGCCUUCCAGACUGGAGGAAAACUUUACCUCAUACUGGAGUGUCUGAUCGGAGGAGAACUGUUCAUGCAGCUGGAGAAAGAAGGCAUCUUCAUGGAGGACACUGCAAGUUUCUAUCUAGGAGAGAUCACAAUGGCCCUUGGUCACCUCCACUCAAACGGGAUUAUUUACAGAGACCUCAAACCUGAAAACAUCAUGCUUAAUCACCAAGGACACAUCAAGCUAACAGACUUUGGUCUUUGUAAAGAAUCAAUUCAUGAUGGAUCUGUCACUCACACCUUUUGUGGCACUAUAGAGUACAUGGCUCCAGAGAUCCUGACCAGGACGGGACACAACAAAGCAGUGGACUGGUGGAGCCUCGGAGCCUUGAUGUACGAUAUGAUGACUGGAUCACCCCCCUUCACAGCUGAAAACAGGAAGAAGACCAUCGAUAAGAUUUUAAAGUGUAAACUGAAUCUGCCACCAUACCUGACCAUCGAUGCCCGGGACCUUAUCAAGAAGCUGCUGAAGAAGAAUCCAGCUCAAAGACUCGGCUCCAGUAAAACGGACUGUGCUGAUAUCCAGAAACAUCCGUUCUUUAAGCACAUCAGCUGGGAUGACCUGCUGAACAAAAGGCUGGAGCCGCCAUACAAACCACAGCUGCAAUCGGACGAGGAUGUGAGCCAGUUUGACACCAGAUUUACCCGACAGACACCAGUGGACAGUCCAGAUGAUACGACCCUCAGCCACAGUGCAGAGCUGGCCUUCGCUGGUUUCACCUACGUGGCUCCGUCUGUCCUGGAGAGUCUAAAGGAAGGCUUCUCAUUCGAACCCAGAACACGACCCGUACGCCGACACAACAGCAGUCCACGCACACCCAUCAGUCCUCUGAAAUUUUCCCCAGCCGGACCUUUUAAGUCCAGCAUGGACGGAGAGCCCGACGUUUUCUCUCCCACCUCCCCGCCGGCAGCUCCAAUUCGUGGCGCUCUGGAAAACGGAGUCGCCAGUCAGCCGAUCAGGACACCUGCACGGAACAAGAAGCAGAAGGCACUUCGACGAUGAGGAGGAAGUCUUGGGGAGAAAAGCUUGGUCAGGUCAACUUUUUUUUUUAGCGGGACUCAGCGACUGUUGAGGCACAGAGCUUUAAGGGUUCGGUGCUUGCCGGUAUCAUGCUUGUUUGGAGUGGUUUAACAUAUACAGUUUCACACUGGGGCUUUCUUUUCUUGAUAUCUGUUUGUCAACACCUUUUAAACUCCAUAUUCACCGGAACAACCUGGAAUGAUUGAGCUUUUUUUUUUUUUACGUUGUGACGACUGAUCUUCAGUUUUAUCGCUCGUCUCAGGUGGUCACAUCAGUUCAUAAAGCUUUAAUUUAUUCCUUCCAUGUGCUGCACUUAUAGCUGACACUGUUGUAAAUAUGUGAAAAAAAGGAUCUAUAUAAUAAUAUUUUCUACAUAUAACCCUUGACAGAGGGCAACAGAAGCACAGAUUUUUCUACUUAACUUUCUGAGUGGAGCUAAAGUCGAGGUCAGGUAAAUGAUUGAUCGUAGUGUUUCAACAUGCUUUGACAAUUACAGCAAAGGGAAUAUAAUAUAAAGUUUUUUUUUUUGGUUUAAUUAGUUCAUCAGCUUUUAAUUAGUUCAUCAGAGUUUGUGCACGGAGGUCAGCUAUCACAGGCUGACAUUUUAAUUAGAGAGCUGAUGAAGGAUCGCUUGAUGGAGGUCCUGAUUUCUUUACCAUUAUGUUUGAUCUGUGAGACUGACCUUCAGCCAUCGGGUUAUCAAAAAAAAACUCUCUUUAUUACCGCUGUCUCACAAGUGACGAUUCUUUUGACCAAUCAGGGGACCGCAGUGUGUCUAGCUCCUCCCUUUAGGGUCGGAUCAGUACACUUUGCACCCCAACAGAGGGGUAAGGGCAAAAAAAAAGUAUGACAGUAUGGAUUGGUUAUUUUGGUACCAUUCCCAGCUAGUGGAAACAAAAUAUUGUUUUUUUUCACCAGCAGGCUCAGAUUAAUACUCAAAGUGUCUGAGAACAUAGUAUCAAUCUUCUCUUCAAAGAUUAACCUUCUUGUUUUUAAGCUUCCUCCACAUUGAAAAACUCCUCAACUUAGUUUACACCACUUUUUCUAAGACUCCAUUUACAUACAUUACAUUUUUUAACCCAACCCAACAAACCUAAAGGGUCAGAGGUUACAAAAGCAGCACCAGUGGCGUGAGUAAUAAAAUGACUGUUUUUCAUAACUGUCACAAUCCGAGCCUCUCUGUGGCAAGCGCUGGCCUUUUUUGACAUACACCAAUUGGCUGCAUUUGCUAUUUAUUACAACAGCCGCUAUAGAAUACAUUGCAAAUGUUAUGGCAGGCACAGUUACCUGGAUCAUAUCCAAAACUGUUUUUUACUUUCAGUUAUUUAGCCCCUUAGGAACUGUGAACAUAGGAACCAGGUUUAAAAUGAUUGGACAGUGAUAUUUCUCUAUGAUCUGGGGGGUCGGGGCGUUAUCUAUUUACUGAAUGACAUGCUACAUCGCACACUUAAAGGCAGAAUGUGCAAAAUUUUUCAAAUAAAUACAGCCAAACUCGGAGUCAUGACUGUCCACAAUGAGUGUGACGCUCAAGUCGCGCCGGCUUUGUUGAUGUCCGAGCUGUAUUUACAUCGAGUUUACAUAGACGGGACUGCCAGCCGGCUCAUCCCUUUGCGUACAAAAGAUGUUAAAGUGAGAGACUGGAGAAAAAAAGAAUAACAUACAGCACUGUACUCACUGCUUAUUUGAACUUAACAAACAUAACAAUGCAGCUCGAGACCAGGACAAUUUUGUGCCAUUUAUCAUUAUUUCUUUUUUCUACUGCCAAAGCGUUAACACAUCCUAUCCUCAUAUUGUACAAACACACCAAUCACAGUAUGACAGAGAGCACUUCACAACUGUGUUUAUAUAUUUAGUAUUAAAAAAAAAGGUGUUUGUCCGGUUAAAGAACAACAUGUAUUUUUACACAGAAAAUCAAAGUUAAACAGUGUUUACAGAAAAAAAAAAUCCUUUAUAUUUGAAAAUGCUCAACUGUCAUCGCCUGGCAUACCUGUAAGACAAGAUGCAGGGUUCAAUCACUGCAGGCAUGCUCAGGGCUAACACCAGUUCAGCAUUUGAAUGUAUUUAAAAAAAAAUGCUACAAUGCUCGUCAUUUAAUGCCAAAAUUCUCUCAGCUUUUAUUCUAUUCAUGAAUGUGUCAUAGAUAAGAAACAUUGAACCUUGUCCUCUUCCUCUUGUACUUUGUAUGAUAUAAAAAGAGUAAAACAAGCAUGAGUCUUAAAGCACACAGGAGACUGUACAAGGCAGCAGAGACAACAUGAUCAUGAACAGGGAUAGUAAAUAAGAUGAAUAUUACUAAUUAAUUUAAAGUAAAAAAAAAAAAAAUGCAAAUCCAUGCUGUUCUGUUGAUUAAUCUAUGAAUUGUUCAGCUUUGCCUUCCGUCGAGUCAUGUAUAUAUGUAUGUACUUCAAUAGGUAAUGGAGAUGGUAUUGCCUGGGUAGAAAAAAAAGGGCAAAAUGGGAAACGAAUGUAAAUAACAUGGCUGAAGUAGUUGUGUUUGAAUUUGCUGCUUUAAUCAACCAUUUGCUUCAGUUCUUUGACUUGUUUCCUGUCAGUCAUGAAUUGUAAUGAAGGAAAAAGAAUGUAGUUUACAGCACGCACACAUAAAACAUGAAGUCAAUGAACAUAGGAACAAACAUGUAUGCUUUUAAUGAUCUGAGUUCACUCAGGAGAUUUGAUAGGUCAAACAAUAGUUCGGUCAGGUUUAGGCUCUAUCAAUACUUUACCCACAAGUUAAAGUGAAAAGUUCAUGAUUUGGGCUAAAGUUAAAAGUCCUUGUGAACUUUCACAGGAGGCUGCUCUCAUGUCCUCCACGGUGACGGCGCUCUUCAGAGGAAAGCCCUGAAGUCAAACUUUGGUACCAGCCAAUAGCAGGAUAAGACAGUAGACAACAGUAGCCAUUAUUUGUCAGGCUAUUUCUGAGUGUGGAAUGUUAGCGUGCUAAUGUGCUGAACUCACCUGGUGCACAUUUUGAACAUGUUAGCCAAUCUGAUGAAUAGCAUGUUAGCAUAGCAUUGUCAGUGUGAACAUGCUGACUGAGCUCUGUGAUUGAGCUGAGCCUCACAGAGCUGCUAGUACGGCUGCAGACUUCUGUCCUAUUGAAUCACAACGUGAUAAUGUUUUGGAUUCAAACAGAAUUUUGAAAAAGAAAAAAAAAAGAGGAGCUGAGCAUUUCUCAAAGUGAUUCUGAUUAUUGCUUUUCAGUCUGGACUUACUCAGUUAAUAAUUUAACAUUAUUGAAUUCAUUCAUUUCAUAUAGAUUACAAUGAGUCUCCAUAAAAACCAGCUUGUUUUUUUCAUACCUAAGAAGUUGUGUUCUCUAGAAAUGUGUCUGCACAUUGGGUCUUCCACCAGCCUUCUUCAUUCACACUGGAUACCGAGACUUUGAUUCUGAACAGUCGGCCUGUUUCUCAAUGAUGCUCUUCCCAACGCAGCAGUUUGGUCGAUGUAAUAUAUGGAAGGAGUAAAAGGUGUUUCUGCUCAUAAAAAAUAAAACAGGGCUCUUUUUUUUUCUCAGUGCAAGUUGCCACAUCAUGAGUCUGCUGUUCAGUGUUCACGUUUGUAAAUGUGUUUAUAAGAUUAAUUAUGAUAAUAGUGGAGGGAGGGAUAAAAUGCUGUGAAAAGGAUUUAUUGACAUUCAAAGUUUAUUUGGGAUUUUUAUUUUAAAUAUUGUAACUAAGUGGAUUGCAGUUUAUUUUUGUGAUCAUUUCUAUUUUUUUUUCCUUUUACGGCUCCUUUUCUCUGCUAAAUGAUGAAUGUGUUGAGAAUAAAAAAAGGAUAUAUUGCUGA